AUGGCAGUGGGGCCCGAACCCGCGGGUACCCGACCCGACCCGACCAGGUUUUCAGUCCAAGGCUCCAAGAUUCAAUCCCGUUGUGUUUCCAAUUCAAGUUCCAAGGUUCCUUUCUUCUCCGGCUACUCCUUCCUUCAUCCUUUCUUCUCCGGCUGCUCCUUCGUUCUUCCUUUCUUCUCUUGCUGCUCAUUUCUUCUCCGGCUGCACCUCACAUCGACGAAGACUAUUGAUACAAGGGUCAAGCUUGCAUAUGCCCUUGCAAGACAGUGGGUUGGAGUGUAUAUCACUCCCGAGGCACCCAAUGAUGAGUGGGUCUUAGAAGGUCUUGCUGGUUUCUUGACAGAUUUUUUCAUUAAGAAACAUUUGGGAAACAAUGAGGCACGGUAUCUGAGAUACAAGGAAAAAAUGGAGGAAGUGAACACAAAUAUGGAAGGGUCCUCUAAUCCUACUAGUGAAAGUGCAUGUCAACCAAUUUUGGAAGGAUCCUCUAAUCCUACAACUGAAGAUGGUAAUACGGAUAUAGCACUAGAACCUCCACCAAAGAGGCACAGAAGCAAGGUGUGGGAUGAAUUUGAAAGGAUUAUUGAGAAGAACGGGGAAGUCAAGGCGAAAUGCAUGUAUUGUAAUAAAAAGCUUAGUGGCAAUUCAAAGAAUGGAACAAAUCACUUGCACACUGAUAAGUGCCAAAUUCACCAUGUUUUCCAUCAUACUUUAGGCACUUAUCUAUUGUAAUAAUGAAAAAAUUCUUAUAAGUAACUCUCUUUUAAGUAGAUUAUGUAGAAAAUGAUUUCAAUCUCAAUUUGAGUUGUAGGUUGAAGAGUAAUUGAGAAAGUACAUGAUUUGGAUGAAAGAAAGCUUGUAAAUGAAGAAAUCCACUUAGCCUUGAAGAAUCCCACUCAAGAACUUUGAAAUAUCAAGAAAUUAACCUUGUUGUUCCAAUCAUGCUUAGCAUGUGUUCCAGGGUGCUAAGCAUCAUCUGGCAAUGGAGACUCCUUCAACAUGAAGUAACAGGGUGCUAAGCGUUUAAAAUGGAGUGCUAAGCAUCAUCUAGCAGUGGGGAAUCCUUCAGCAUGAAGAAACAGGGCGCUAAGCACCUAAAGUGGAGUGCUAAGCACCCUGUAACAGAUCUGCAAUGCUAUAAAACUCAAAGUUCAGCACAAAACAGGGAGUUCACGAAAAUCAGAGAUAAAUACACAAACCCAUCACUUGGGGAAAGGGAGAACUAAAAGGAGAUCAUCAAGGGUGACCUAGGAGACUAGAGAGAAAGCUUUGGAGCUGAUUUCAUCGCCGGGGAACCGUCACGAGUCGGUUUUUCAUCGCUCUUCUUCUCUUUUAUCAUUGUAAAGCUAUCCAUGGAAGUGGAUAGCUAAUUUCUCAUUUGUUGGGAUUAGAACUAGUUGUUUUAAUGCUCAUGUAAUCUAUUUGAUUUCCUUUCAUGCAAAUUUCAUGUUUCUAUGUUAAAGAAUCAAUGGUUUUCUCUUAUGCUUC